AGUGCCGCCGGCCGCGUCGCGUUGCCGCUCCCCACCGCGCCGCGCCUCAGUCGCAACGUCAGCUGCACACCGACCGCACGUCGCCGUUGUCAGCAGCACCCCGCUACACCGCGCAGCUGCCGCCAUCUUGAAUAACCACCGCGCCAUCUUGAAAAUGGCCUUGAGCAUCUGCAACUCGGACAACUUCGACGUCGAGCAAUUCAUCGCCGAAAUCCAAAAGCGACACAGCAUUUGGAAUUUAAAAUCGAAAGAGUACAACAAUAGGCCGCGAAAGAUUAGAGAUUGGGAGGAGGUAUGCGAGGCUAUGGUACCGGACUACCCGGAGCGAAAUAGAGAAGAGAAAACUGAAAUAGAAAACGAGCUCCAGAACAAAUGGAAGGUGCUUCGGGACUGCUUCGUCAGGAGUCUACGGAACCAGAAUCGAGCCAGCGCAAUGGGCUCCGUCGCCAGGCCCUACAAGCACCACGACCUGCUGACCUUCCUCCUAGUGACCUUCAAACACUCUUCGAGAAGACGAAAAUAUAACUACAAAGCUGUUAUUAGAAAACACGAGGACGCCCAAAAAGAACAGGAACCAGAAAAAAAUUCACCCGUAGAUUCCACGAAGAUAGUAAAGAAGAUGAAAGUGCGGAACGUCGAAGUACCCCUAGCCCACCAAGAGAGGAAUGUGGACGCGACGGAAGAUUUAGUGGAAACGAUCACUAAUAACGUCGUGAAGAAGAUAAACAGUGAUAACCACGAUGAGGACAGGCAGUUCCUUCUGUGUUUGCUGAACGACAUAAAGCGUAUACCCAGUGAGAUGAAGUUGGAUGCGAAGAGUGAUAUAAUAAAUGUGAUAAGACAUUACACUAGCAGGUCCAGUAAGCAGACUCCUAUCCAUCUGGAGUACAUGGAAGAUCCUCUGGUGACCAUGCAAAUGAGUGACAGCGAGUCUGAGAAGGAGUUUAAAGUUAAUCUUACAAAUUGACAUAUUGAUUCAUAGCAUAGGUGAUGUGAUGCACUAAUCUGGGCGUUAAGUGUAUUAAAAUUUAAAAUCUUGUCAUCU